CAUCCUCCCCGACCAGACUCUCCAGCGCCUCAUCCUCUCGUAGCCAGCCUGGGUCCUUUCACCAGGCCAGCCACUCCCUCACAAUGGCCUUCUUAAUCCUAGUAAUUGGCGACCUGCACAUACCGGACCGCGCGCUCGACAUCCCCCCCAAGUUCAAAAAGCUCCUCUCCCCCGGCAAGAUCGCCCAGACGCUCUGCCUCGGGAACCUGACGGACCGCGCGACCUAUGACUACCUGCGCAGCAUAUCGCCGGACCUCAAGCUGGUGCGGGGCCGCGUGGACGUCGAGGCGACCUCGCUGCCGCUUACUCAGGUCGUCACGCACGGGUCGAUCCGCAUCGGCUUCCUCGAGGGCUUCACGCUGGUCAGCGACGAGCCGGACGUGCUGCUGGCCGAGGCGAACCGGCUCGACGUCGACGUGCUCUGCUGGAGCGGCGGGACCCACCGGUUCGAGUGCUUCGAGUACAUGGACAAGUUCUUUGUGAACCCCGGGAGCGCCACGGGCGCCAUGACGACCAAUUGGGCCUCCGGUGGCGACGGGACGGGUCAGGAGGAGGCGGUGGUGCCAAGCUUUUGCUUGAUGGAUGUACAAGGAAUCUCCCUGACAUUAUAUGUCUACCAGUUAAGGAAGGGGGAGAACGGAGCGGAGAACGUGGCGGUUGAGAAGGUCACUUACACAAAGCCGGUCGAGCCGACAGGGGCAUCAUAAGGCGAGCAAUCGGGCAUAGAAGAAGUCGUAACUGGGAGGCGACCAGGAGUCCAAAGUUUGGCUGCACCUGAAUGGGUAGUCCGUGUCCACGGGACCGGCAAGGACGAACGACAGCACUCGUGGGUUGGGUGCGCCAGAAGCAAGUGCUAGGCAGUAAUGGCGGGACUAGCACGGAGAUUCGCCAGUUAUCAAGUCUCUUGAUGAGACCAAUGAGGCAGUAUUGAAGGCGGCUGCCGUUAUGCGUGAUCACGAAGCGAACAGAUUGCCGCUAUUCGUCUUAUAGCGGCCUAAACAAAGGAGCAAAACAUAGGCGAGAGAUACCAUAGUGACAUACUUGUCUUAAACGAGGCUCGACUAAUACUAAGAAGCGCUAUGUCACCCGUGGUUGUCAGUGAUCCAGCCUUGGUUCUGGUUUAUCUGUUUCUCUCUGCUGCGUUUGUGGC